AUGAGGCGUCCAUCAUCAGUUUAUACCCAUAGGCUUAAAUUUAGAUUUGCUCAAUUAGUCAUCAACGCUAUAGCUCUCUUUGCUAUUGGCGCCGGUAUGGCAGCUUAUUUUAAGGCAUAUCCAACAUCAGUAAAAGUUGUCAACAAAUCACUGAAUGUCAGCACCACUCCCAUAAUCGUGGAGAAAAAGAGUGAUAAUCCAGCACCUGGGAUUUGCUUACCUGUAAUUGUCCAAUUCUGCAAACAACACAAAAUACCAUAUAACUUCACUGUAUUUCCUAAUUACAUCGGACAUUUCGGCCAAAGGGACGCCGAGCAAGAACUUGAAGUGUAUGACGCCGUGGUCGAUGUGAAGUGCUAUGAUUUGGCUGCGCUUUUCCUCUGCUCACUCUUCGUGCCCAAAUGCGGUCCAACUGGUGGUGUCGUCCGGCCGUGUAGAAGUUUAUGUAUGGUAUGCGACUUUGGAUUCCAAUGCGACGUAAAGCGUUGCAUUCCGAAAGACUGGCAAUGUGACGGCCAUGUGGACUGUAAAGAUCAAUCUGAUGAAUUGAAGUGUCACAAAUGUGGUCCAGGUAUGAUCAAUUGUGGAGCCGAUAAAUGUAUCACACAGGAGCAUCUGUGCGACGGAACAGUAGACUGCCCGUGGGGACAGGAUGAGAGAAAUUGCCUAAGGCUCAGUGAACGAAACGGAGAUGAAGGAAAGGGACAAUUAGAAGUCUACCGUCCAGACCAAGAAAAAUGGGUGCCGGCAUGUGUAGCUCAUUGGGAUGAAAGAACGUCUGCAAAAACCAUAUGCUCGCUGCUGGGAUAUUCAGUCGCUAACUACAGUCGUCUGCUUCAGGGCAAAGACAUUCAGUCUCCCCCUAUAUACGAUACUACAGCUAUAUGGAGGUUUAAUCAACAUAAAAGACCAAAGAACCUGAUACUAGAAUUCGGGUCUUGUCCAGAAAAAAACUAUCCCACUGUGCAGCUAUCUUGUACAAAUUAUGUUUGUGGCAGAGUGCGUAAAACGUACGAUGCAGGAGAAAAUUCUGGCAGAAGGAGAAAACAAAAACAAAAGCGAAUCGUCGGUGGAGUUCCAUCGAAACCAGGGGACUGGCCGUUUCUAGCAGCACUUCUUGGUGGACCAGAAGAAGUAUUUUACUGCGCUGGUGUUCUAAUUGCUGAUCAGUGGGUACUGACAGCUUCUCAUUGUGUUGGAAAUCACUCUGACGUAAACGGAUGGACAAUUCAAUUAGGCAUUACAAGACGACAUGCGCAUUCUUUUUAUGGGCAAAAGAUGAAGGUGAAGCGGGUGGUACCGCAUCCUUUAUAUAAUGUUGGCGUUGCCCAUGAUAAUGAUAUUGCCCUCUUCCAGCUUUCAUCCCGAGUUACCUUCCACGAGCAUCUUUCUCCAGUAUGUCUACCACCCGCUAACAAAGAACUUAAACCAGGAACUAAAUGCACAGUGAUCGGAUGGGGCAAGAAGGAAGAUACGGGACAGAUGUUUGGUGACUCUGGAGGCCCGUUGCUGUGCCAUGAAAAUGGAGACACUGAAACAUGGUUUGUUGGAGGAAUCGUAAGUUGGGGUAUCAAAUGCGCCCACCCGCAUCUUCCAGGAGUUUAUGCGUACGUACCAAAAUAUAAAAAAUGGAUCGAACAACAGAUAGCAAAGUAUUCUGGAGAUUAG